AACUUGGGUUGAGCUUUAGGGCCACCCAAUGGCCCAAGUUGCAAUUCUCAAACAAAUGUGGCUCUGUGGCAUCUACAGUCUGUUAACAAAACCCUAGAAUCGCAAGCAUUGAUGUUAUUCGGGACGAGAAUGUCUAAUUCCCGGUUAAUUCUGUCAUUGUUAUUCCGGUUUAUUCUCAUCAUUCAAAUUCUAUCCAGAGUUUCAGCUAUCAGGAAAGAUCCCAACCUUCUAGAGAAACGAAUUUGCAGAACUACAGUCCAAGGAAGAUACCUUCGAACUGAUGAUAAUGGCCAUGUGUGUGAUGCUCUAUCGAUGGACCCACAGUCUGGAUGCUGCUUUGGAAAGAGAGAGCAAUUCUCUUGUCAUGGAUGCAACCUCAUUUCACAGUGUUGCAAUUCUUAUGAAUUUUGUGUUUCAUGCUGCCUGAAUCCAGCACGGACUCAAAAGGAAUUAGCACUUAAGGUGAAGAUGGCCAAGCCAGUAACUGCAGGGGCUUAUGCAAGUGUUUUUGAUUUCUGUACUGGGAGGUGCCGUCAUAAUUCUGAGAGUGUGGUACAUGAAAAUGCUUAUCUUAGCGAUUUCCAUCACUGCUUUUCUCUGCCAUCAAAUUCUACAGCUGGGGGUGUUGAUAGAAACCCAGAAUUAAGAUUGAAUGGCAUUCAUGUUGUUGUUGGAAGGCAAGGAGAGUCAUGUGACUCCGUUUGCAAAUCAAAUGGGCAAUCAUGUGUUCCAAGCAAGCUCUCGGUGCUUAAUCAAUGCGAAAUUAUGCAGAAAUAUAUGAGCUGCAAAGGAGCAUGUUUGGCAAGCAUUGGAGCUGAUCAACCUGCUGAAGUCGUUGAUGAUGCCCCUAGACAUCUGAAUCCUGGAGCAUGCUUGUACACUCGAACACAGACAAUUCUUUCUUGUGAUGGUUCACAUCAACAUACAAGGAGACUAUGCCCCUGUGCAUAGUUUAUUAACUUGUUUAUGUGCAGGAAAUGCCACCAACAGGCAUGGACAGCCAUGGAGGUUUUUCGUAAUCGGCUCUUGUUGACAUAGUCACUGACGAAACAAUAACAAAACAGAGGAGAAUGUUACAUGAACUCUUAUGUAAUUAGUUUUGUUAAUACUGCACUGAAACAGGCAGAAAUGUUACAUGGACUCGUGCUUAUGUAAUUAAUUUUGUUUCAAUGCUCCUGAA